AAGGAAGUAGCUUUUAUUCAAGCACCAAUUCAGGUGCCUGUUCAAAAAGCUAGCCAACAGGCUAUCCAAACUUUCGAAAUUAAAGUACAGCUAGAACUUGGUGUUGACUACAUCACAGAAGAGGAGGCAAAAAACCGGAUCAGUCCAAAUGCACAUAAACCCAGAGAGCAAAUUAAGACAUGGGGAGCAAGAUUGCAAAAACAUUGGAAAGAAUUAGAUCUAGGUGUUGAGCCAAUUGAGGCAAAUGAUCUGGAUGAUUGUAAAACACUCUUUCAUAAUCUUGAGCAGUAUGAUCUAGAAGCAGUUAGACCACUGACAAAAGAGGAAUUAGAAGAUAGUCCAGAGGCCGGGCACGAAAAGUCAGAGAAGGAUUUAGAAUUUAGGGAACAAGAAGAAUUGGAAACAGCGCUUAAAAGAAGAGCCAUAGCCAUAAAUCGUGCAAAAGUUUCUAAAUUCCAUCCAGACAAUGGAAGCGAUGUACGAAAAAUGUUAAGCCAAAGAAAACAAUUUAGGGAAAUACUUGAAAAAGAAUUUGACAAACGUGGGCAAUUCAAGUUUGCUUUAUGUUUGCUUACCAAAUUUUUUAUAGAUGAUAAACCUGGAAAUAAAAAACAGGGAAAAAAGAAUUCACGAACUGAAAUACACAAAUCAUAA